GAAAACCUUGAAAGAAUAGGUGUGUCCAAACUUUUCACUUGUACUGUAUGUUGCAUGUUAUGUCUUGAAUCUUGAUCUCAGUUGUUCCUUCCUGUCAUGACAAGAACCUUGAAGAAAUCGAAUGCUCGGGCAGGGCUUCUACUUCUCUGACCGUUAUUGUGUUGAAUGAUACUGUGUAUCAAUCCAUACUGUGUUAGCUGCAAAGACGGUGGUGUGCUCCAUACUACAUUGUAACAGUUUAUACAUUCACACUGGUGAUGUCUGGUCCACAGGUGGUUCUUGUCACUGGCUCCACACGUGGCCUGGGGUUAGCCAUAGUGCAGGCGUUGUGCCAGGGCUUUAAAGGGGAUGUGUAUCUGAGUGCCCGGGACGUCCCGAGGGGGGCCAUGGUUGUCGAGGAUCUGCAGAGGGAGGGACUCAAGCCCAGACUCCUCCAGCUGGACAUCACAGACCCGGUCAGCAUCCAGGCGGCCCGGCAGCAUUUCAUGAAGGAGUAUGGGGGUCUGGAUGUGCUGAUCAACAACGCAGGCAUCGCCCCAAAACGAGGUGACCCUGCAUCCUUUGGCAGCCAAGCAGAGCGCAUUCUCCAAACCAACUUCUUCGCCACCAGAGACAUGUGCAAUGAAUUUCUCCCUCUCCUGAAGAAAGAUGGGAGGAUAGUGAAUGUUGCCAGCAUCGUGGGCUAUAUCACCCUCUAUAUGUGUUCUCCGGACCUCCAGGCCAGGCUCUGCAGUGAUGACAUCACAGAGGAGGAGCUAGUGGCUCUGAUGAAGCGCUUUGUUGCCGAGGCCAAAGCUGGAGACCACAUCAACAAGGGCUGGCCAAAUUCAGUCUAUGGGGUGUCCAAAAUAGGCCUGAUGGCCCUUACCCGGAUCCAGGCCCGCAGGCUAAGAAGAGAGAUGCCCCAGAGAGGGAUUCUGAUAAACUCCUGCUGCCCGGGCUGGGUGAAGUCUGACAUGACCUAUCCCAAUGGGACCAAGACGCCUGCGGAGGGGGCUGACACACCUGUGUACCUGGCGCUGUUGCCUCCAGCAACACUAGAGCCCCAGGGGGAGUUUGUAGUGGAUAGACAGGUACAGGUUUGGGCGGGGUCACCAACAGGUGCAACAAUUGAUGAGGGACCCUAACUCAGGACCCUUUCAUCUGCUGCUAUAAUAUAUACAAGUAACUGCCAAAAUAAAGGAAACAGCAACAUAAAGUGUCUUAAUAGGAUGUAGGCCUAGGGUGAGUCAGAACAGCUUCAAUGCACCUUGGCAUAGAUUCUACAAGUGUCUGGAACUAUAUCGGAGGUGUGCGACACCAUUCUUCCUCGAGAAAUUCCAUUAUUUUGUGCUUUGUUGAAGGUGAUGGAAAACGCUCUCAGGCGCCACUCCAGAAUCUCCCAUAAGUGUUCAAUUGGGUUGAGAUCUGGUGACUGAGAUGGCAAAUGGUUUACAUCGUUUUCACACUCAUCAAACCAUUAAGUGACCACUCCUGCCCGCAAGUCCACCCAAUCAGAUUGAGCAAAAAAUUAUUCUAAUAUUUUCCAAAUGGGACAUUAUUUUUAUUUUUACCUAAGAACAGUACUUGACCUGGGCAGGAGUUCACCGGAAAUGAGUACCCGGCACCUCAAAUGUUCUUCUGCUUGAGUUCCUUCACCUCCUAUAGAAUAUUAGCACAAAAUUAUUUGAGUUCACUUAAAUAUAAAUAGUACCGGCACCCAAAAUGACUACCGGCACCCAAAAUGACUACCGGCACCCAAAAUGACUACCGGCACCCAAAAUGACUACCGGCACCCAAAAUGACUACCGGCACCCAAAAUGACUACCGGCACCCAAAAUGACUACCGGCACCCAAAAUGACUACCGGCACCCAAAAUGACUACCGGCACAUAUUUCAGUCCAAGUCUAGCACUGGUCUAAACAUGCAUACACCAUCAGAUAGAAUUCAUAGCAAGCAGUAGGGAGGGGGUGGGACAUCGAAAGGGAUAUUUAUAUUAAUAAUAAUACAUUUUAUUUGGCAGAUGCUUUUCAGGACACUCAAUGACAUCUUACAUAAAAUCGAGUGCUGUACUAAAAUCUAUUUUAAUUUAGGCCUAUAUAAUGAAUUUGAAUUAUUAUUGAUUAUUUACUGUUAAACUAAUUUAAAAAAAACUAACAAUCAGCUUAUUAAUUUCUAAAUAAAGGGUGGGUUCUGGCUUGUGUCACUUCAUACUGAUACCAUGUGCUGUAAACCGUAGCUAUUGCUGUGUUGGCUAGGCUACACUGUGUAGGCUACUCACUGUUAGCUAGCUAAGACUCACUAGUCAACUUAGCUAGCAAAAACAAGUAAAAUGGCCAAACAAAGCUCAGUGUACAUUUUUUAAAAGAGACCGUGCAUAGAAGAGGAUGUUGGAGAAUUUGCCAAGUUAUUUGAUAUCAGUGAUUUUGCCAUGAAGGCCGGCCAGUCCCCCUGUAUCAAUCACUGAUUGCAUUGGUCUAAUCAAGGGCCUUAAAGAGAUUUUCAGUACAUUCAGAGACAACGAUCAGCACUACAACAAUGUUUUCAUUCAACACUUUCAGAAAUCAUGCUCUUAACCACUAGACUAUAUCAGGGCAUCAUGUUCUAGUCUAAUAGGUCUAUGGUUUAUUAUGUGCCAUCAACAGAUUUCUGCCUACGCCACUGGAUGGAGGCAUUGUCAUCCUAUAGCCAAAAUAAUGGCCUGGACAGCAUUUUAUACAUGACCCUAAGCAUGAUAGAAUGUUCAUUGCUUGAUUAACUGAGAAGCCACACCUGAGUGGAAGUGCUUUCAAUAUACUUUGUAGGCCUUCCCUCAUCAACUCGUGUUUCCAUUAUUUUGGCGGUUAUAUAUAUAUAUAUAUAUAUAUAUAUAUAUAUAUAUAUAUAUAUAUAUAUAUAUACACAUGUGUGUGUGAAUUAACCAUAAUGUAUUGGUGUAUAAUAACCAUUUAAUAAGCACAUCAGUAAAGAGCAAUUUAAAAAACAUUGUAAUUUGUCUUUUAUUUGCAGUUUAUCUACUGCACUGUGAAGUGUUUGCAGAGCCAGAGGAUAUGGUUGAUGUCCACUGAAUAGUUAAACACGUCACUUCAUUGUCUCAAAAAUGACUGUAAAAAUGUAAUGAAAACGAGCCAGGGGAUAGGUUGAUGUGCACGGAAUAGUUAAACACGUUACUUAAUUGUCUCUGUAAACAUGUAAUGAAAACGAUUGGCUGAUAAAAAGUAAACAUAUUAAACAUGCA